CGGCCCUCCACCUCCACCUCCACCUCCACCUCCUGCUUCCGCCGAUGUCGGCUCCACUCACGUGUCCUCUUCUCCUCGUCCCGCCGCUGCUCCAAUCUCCAUCUUCAUCUCUUUCUCUCUCUCUUCUGUGACGUAAAGGCUACAACUCAUUGAUCUAGACGGCAUCGAUCUGAAAUCCUCGGAGGAAAAUUACAAUCAAUUUUUUAAUUUUAUUUUUGGGGAAGAAAUUGAAACGGAAAAAGGAAGAACAGAAGAAGAAGAUGGAAGAAAAGCUAACGGAGCACGGCAGGUCAUUGGCAGCUCCGGUGAUUUUCAUCCUCGUUUUCUCUCUCCACUUCGUCUCCAAAUACCUCGAAUUCCACAAAAAGAAGAAAGGAUCGAUGAGUGAAUUGGACGUUCAAUUGCGAGCAGAAAUUAGGCAGCUUUUGAAGGAAGCUAGCUCUUUGAUGCAACCUUCAACAUUUGUACAAGCUGCAAAACUAAGAAGAAUGGCAGCAGCGAAGGAGAAGGAACUUGCAAAAAAUGAAGAAAUGCACGACAAGGAUAUGAAAUUGUCAUUUGGCACAUACGAGAAGCUCUUAACAAUAUCAAAGGUUCUUACUUACGUUGUGCUGAUUUUAUGGUUCUGGAAGAUACCUAUCACUACAAUAUCUGAUCAACUCGUGCAACCCUUCGGUAAGCUGCUUUCUUGGAGAUCGGGAGCAUAUUUGAAAGACAAUGUUGUGGUUGGAAUCAUACUAUGGUUGAUUGUAUCCACCAGGGUUAGUAGAUUUAUCUGCAGGAAGGUUUUGGAAUAAAUCGAAGAUUAGCGAGAUGACGUAUAUCAUUGUUUCUCUUACUUGUGUGCUCUUUUACCUCCAACUUUCUUAUCCCAGGAUCUUCACAUAAAGUUGUAAUAUUGAAUAAAGAUAACGGCUUAAGAUUUUGUCAACGAUGAUAUUCAGGUAAUAUGAGUUAUUAGACCGAUAUUUUCUUGA